AUGAAUGAUCUUAGUGGAUAUUUUCUUGGAAUCGCUUAUGGUUUACCUAUACCAGGAUAUGCUACUGCAACGAAUUAUAUCCGUCAAUCAAUUGAUUUGGAUCCAACCAAUCAACAAUAUAUUCGUAUCUCAUAUGUCAACUUGAACCAACAAAGUUUUACUAUUCAAUUAUGGUUUCUUAUACGAUCUUCUGCAAGUUUAGUUGAUUUUGGUAUAUUUAGUCAAUGUGGUUCAGAUUUAAUUUGUUUGUCCAUAAGUAUACAUAAUUUUCGUGUAACAUUAUCGUUCGAUUCGUUACGAAGUAAUGUAAGUACAUUGCUUGGUGGAUCAAUACUUUCAAGAAGUUACUGGUAUCAUUUAACUAUUGUUUAUAAUGCUGUACUUCGUCAACAAUUGAUUUAUAUUAAUGGAAAAAUUGAUGCUAUUGCGAAUGAUGUCACGCCAUAUCAAGGAACAUCGUUUGGUGCUACUACCUAUAUUGGAUUGAGCUCUUCAAUCAAUUAUCCAUUAUCAUAUUCUCAUGGGUAA